AUGUCUCAGCACUUCAGUACUUCUAGGCUUCUAGCUAUCCCUGUUGUGAUCGCAAAAAUGCCAAGGACAACCAUCAUUUUCUCCACCAUCCUCUUCAUGCUCCUUUCUGCAGUGAUAACUGCUCAAUCCAGCAGCUCUGACAGUGGGAAGCCCAAAGCGACCAAGCUCAUGGUGGAAGCAUGCAAGAACGCCUCGAUCAACUACCCCUACGGCGAUCCCUUCUCGCAAGAAUUCUGUUUGUCCACCCUCCAGUCGGACAAUCAGAGUGCCGAGGCUAAGGACCUCCGUGCCCUAGUGCUCGUCGCUAUCGACAUCCUUAAGAGCCAUGUCACUGCCGCUGGCGGUAAGAUCAAGAAAAUGCUGCAAGAUGCCAAGAAGGGAAUGGUGAUGAUGCCGGUUCUUAGUUUUUGUGAGGUGGACUAUGACCAUGUGGUGAGACGCCUCAACAUUUGCCAAGGCUUGAUCAGGGACUACCAAGGAGACAAGAGUGGGCGGCAGCCAUUGCGUCUGACUCACUAUGUGGAAAUGUCAUUCACCCCGCUCAACAAGUGCUCGAUCGGGCUUGAAGAUACGCCAGGGGUGGAGGUCCUCGCCAAAGAAAAUGUUGAGCUGCAGUUUAUGGUCCAAGUCAACACCGGCCUGCUAGCAUCAUAUGACGUCCAUGAUUAA